CAGAGUACAGUCUACAUGCAUUUGUUUUAAAGUUAGAAGUAUUUUAUUAAUUUUCGACAAUUUGUCACAAAAUGACAAAAAUGUACGUUUAUCAACCUACAUUUCAAUGUUUAGUGAUCAUGUUGUUUGUUGUUUUUCCACAAUUUUCAGCAUUUCCACGAAAAUUUGGAAAUUUAUCUAACGUUUUGAUGGAUUUCUGUCAAAAUUCUUGCAGAAACGGACAUUGUACUACAGAUGGUAAAUCUUCGUAUAUUGUAAAGUGCAAGUGUAAUGAAGGAUUUGCAGGAAAAUAUUGUAAUAGAUCUGAUUGUAAUCCGACCUGUAAACACGGAUCUUGUGUUUUUGAUGGGAGUCAACAAGUUUGUAAAUGUGAAAAAGGUUUUAGUGGUGUAGAUUGCAACAAUGUCAAUCUGAAUAGUAUUUUAGGUAUAGAUAGUAUUGCAAGAGGGAGAAACAGUGUUAAUUCAAGCAUUAGUCUCCCUUCGUCACUGUGCGCACUGAAUUUUGUCUGUCAAAAUGGUGGUUCCUGUAUUCGAUUCCAACGAGGUGUUCGAUGCCAGUGUGUUUAUCCAUAUACUGGUACAUUUUGUCAGGAUAAGUGUGAGAAGGUUUGCCAAAAUAAUGGACGAUGUUUACUGUUAGAUGAAGCUGAUGUAUGUAAUUGCCCAUGGGGUUAUAAUGGAGAAUUUUGCGAGUUAAAGUUAUCGUAGUUACAUUUCCAAUCUUACAAAACUAACGUACACAUAGCGUUUUUUUAAACUCAUUUAACAAUCCAAAGAGCAUGAAUCGGCAAGGAAAUCGACUUUUUACAAAAUUUUACAAAUCCCUCAUGUUCCUAUAGCGACGGCGUAGGCCUAGGCUACGACGUUUAUCACUUCUACCGUUGCUUUCACUGUGUCAUAUUCUGGUCAUGAGAUUUAUAACCCCCUUUUGCUGACUAUUUAAUACGUCGCCAUUCAAUUUAACCAAUCAGCAAUCUCGUAACAUAUAGAGUAAAGGAUAGUGAUAGAAAAUGGCGGCCUCCGUU